UUUUAUUUUUCCCAUAAUUCUUUGCAACGUGCUUGGCCGACGCUAACAAUAGGCGCUAAGUGAUACCCGGCCAAGCUGUCCAGCAAUAAAGACGUGCUUAGUGUGUGAAGGGGGUAUCGUGUUAGAAGCCUGUGUGGCAUGUUUUAGUUUCACAAGUUCAGCAUUUGACGCGGACACGGAUAGCUGACCGUGAUGAUGUCGUUCAUGGUGAAGUCGAUGACGAUGCGAUGUUCAUGUUGAUGACGACGAUGAUGUUAUGGUGAUGAUGACGACGACGAUGAUGAUGGUCAUGUCGAUGAAGAUGAUGUAGAUGAUGUAGAUGAUGUCUAUUAUGAUUAUGGUGUUGUAGGCGAUGGUGUUGACGAUAGUGUCGAUGAUUAUGAUGGCGAUGGUGAUGAUGAUGAUUGUGGUGACGAAACUACUCUAGUUGUGGUUGUCCGUAGUUGGUCCAGGACUACAGCCCCGGAGAUUCGGACACUCUUCUAAUUUAUUUUUUGGUCAUUUGUAUAAACAUCAUAUUUUUUCUUGUUGAGUGAAAGGUGUGUGAGUGUUUGUGUGGUUUAGUGUUUAUAUUUCUAUCUUUUCUUUCUUUCUCUUAUUUUUUUUGUUAUUAAAUUUUGUUAAAUUUAAGAUGUCUUGUUGUUGUUUGGAGUAGCCUCCGCUCAUCCCGUUACAAUUGGUGGCAGCGGUGGGAUGAGUUGACUCCUCCAGAUACUACAAGAUAUCUUUAUAAGUGAACAGUUGCCAAGGUUUAUUUUAUUUUUCAUUUUUUGAUCUUUUUUGUAGUACAUGUAAGAGCAAGUGUAGGUCGUUGUUUCCUUUUCCCUUGGUGAGUACAUUACGUUAGGCAGAUUGUUUUGUUAAAAGUUGAGAAGUUAGUCCCUUUAUGAGAUAAUUUUGAGGUAAGUUGGUCUGUCAGUCAAUGCACCAUGUCUACUGUCAAGGAGAUGCUGGAGCUACUUGAAGUGGGGACCAAGAUGGGGAUGAAGGAUGAAGACCUUCAACAAUUCGUGAAGGACGAACAGGCCAGAAUGCGGGACGAACGUGAGAAACAUAGAGUCGAGAGACAGGAGGAGAGAGACCGCGACUUCAAACUACAGAUGGAGGAGAAAGACCGCGACUUCAAACUACAGAUGGAGAAAGAGCGCGCCGCAAGAGAACAUGAUGAGCGAGAGCACGCCCGAUUGAUAGAAGAAAAGAGACAUCAGCAAAAACUAGAAGAACUGGAACUUGAUCACAAACUGCAACUCAAAAGAAUCUCACAUGAAUCCGAGUGUUGUGACUAA